AUGGUCAAUGAAAACACGAGGAUGUACAUUCCGGAGGAGAACCACCAAGGUCCCAGCUAUGGGAGCCCGCGCCCGGCUCACGCCAACAUGAACGCCAAUGCAGCCGCGGGGCUGGCGCCCGAGCACAUCCCCACGCCGGGGGCCGCCCUGUCCUGGCAGGCCGCCAUAGACGCGGCCCGGCAGGCCAAGCUGAUGGGCAGUGCUGGCAACGCGACCAUCUCCACGGUCAGCUCCACGCAGCGGAAGCGGCAGCAGUACGGGAAGCCCAAGAAGCAGGGCAGCACGACGGCCACACGCCCGCCCCGUGCCCUGCUCUGCCUGACCCUAAAGAACCCCAUCCGGAGGGCCUGCAUCAGCAUCGUCGAGUGGAAGCCAUUUGAAAUCAUUAUUUUACUGACUAUUUUUGCCAAUUGUGUGGCCUUAGCGAUCUAUAUUCCCUUCCCAGAGGACGACUCCAACGCCACGAAUUCCAACCUGGAGCGGGUGGAGUAUCUCUUUCUCAUCAUUUUUACUGUGGAAGCAUUUUUAAAAGUCAUAGCCUACGGACUCCUCUUUCACCCCAACGCUUACCUCCGCAACGGCUGGAACUUACUAGACUUUAUCAUCGUGGUUGUCGGGCUUUUCAGCGCAAUCUUAGAGCAAGCGACCAAAGCCGAUGGGGCCAACGCCCUGGGAGGGAAGGGUGCUGGAUUCGACGUGAAGGCGCUGAGGGCGUUCCGUGUGCUGCGGCCCCUGCGAUUGGUGUCCGGGGUCCCGAGUCUCCAGGUGGUCCUGAACUCCAUCAUCAAGGCCAUGGUGCCCCUGCUGCACAUCGCCCUGCUCGUGCUCUUUGUCAUCAUCAUCUACGCCAUCAUCGGCCUGGAGCUCUUCAUGGGCAAGAUGCACAAGACCUGCUACAACCAGGAGGGCAUUGCAGAUGUCCCAGCAGAAGACGACCCCUCGCCCUGUGCCCUGGAGACGGGACACGGGCGGCAGUGCCAGAACGGCACGGUGUGCAAGCCAGGCUGGGACGGACCCAAGCACGGCAUCACCAACUUCGACAACUUCGCCUUCGCCAUGCUGACUGUGUUCCAGUGUAUCACCAUGGAGGGCUGGACCGAUGUCCUCUACUGGGUCAAUGAUGCCGUGGGAAGGGACUGGCCCUGGAUCUAUUUUGUCACAUUAAUCAUCAUAGGUUCAUUCUUUGUUCUUAACUUGGUUCUCGGUGUCCUUAGCGGAGAGUUCUCCAAAGAGCGAGAGAAGGCCAAGGCCCGGGGCGACUUCCAGAAGCUGCGAGAGAAGCAGCAGCUGGAGGAAGACCUGAAGGGCUACCUGGACUGGAUCACGCAGGCCGAGGACAUCGACCCCGAGAAUGAGGACGAGGGCCUGGACGAGGAGAAGCCCCGAAACAUGAGCAUGCCCACCAGUGAGACCGAGUCUGUCAACACCGAAAACGUGGCUGGAGGGGACAUCGAGGGAGAGAGCUGCGGGGCCAGGCUGGCCCACCGGAUCUCCAAGUCGAAGUUCAGCCGCUACUGGCGCAGGUGGAAUCGGUUCUGCAGAAGGAAGUGCCGUGCAGCCGUGAAGUCCAGCAUCUUCUACUGGCUGGUCAUCUUCCUGGUUUUCCUCAACACUCUCACCAUUGCCUCCGAGCACUACAACCAGCCCCACUGGCUCACGGAAGUCCAAGACACGGCCAACAAGGCGCUGCUGGCCCUGUUCACGGCGGAGAUGCUGCUGAAGAUGUACAGCCUGGGCCUGCAGGCCUACUUCGUGUCGCUCUUCAACCGCUUCGACUGUUUCAUUGUGUGCGGCGGCAUCCUGGAGACCAUCCUGGUGGAGACCAAGAUCAUGUCACCCCUGGGCAUCUCCGUGCUGCGCUGCGUGCGCCUCCUGCGGAUAUUUAAGAUCACAAGAUACUGGAACUCCCUGAGCAACCUGGUGGCGUCCCUGCUGAACUCAGUUCGCUCCAUCGCCUCGCUGCUGCUGCUGCUCUUCCUCUUCAUCAUCAUCUUCUCCCUCCUGGGGAUGCAGCUCUUCGGGGGGAAGUUCAACUUUGAUGAGAUGCAGACCCGGAGAAGCACCUUUGACAACUUCCCGCAGUCCCUCCUCACCGUGUUUCAGAUCCUGACCGGGGAGGACUGGAAUUCGGUGAUGUAUGAUGGGAUCAUGGCUUAUGGCGGCCCCUCUUUUCCAGGGAUGUUAGUCUGUAUUUACUUCAUCAUCCUCUUCAUCUGUGGAAAUUAUAUCCUACUGAACGUGUUCUUGGCCAUUGCUGUGGACAACCUGGCUGACGCCGAGAGCCUCACGUCUGCCCAGAAGGAGGAGGAAGAGGAGAAGGAGAGGAAGAAGCUGGCCAGGACCGCCAGCCCAGAGAAGAAGCAAGAGGUGGUAGAGAAGCCGGCCGUGGAGGAGACCAAGGAGGAGAAAAUCGAGCUGAAAUCCAUCACAGCAGAUGGAGAGUCCCCACCCCCCACCAAGAUCAACAUGGAUGACCUCCAGCCCAACGAGAAUGAGGACAAGAGUUCCUACCCCAACCAGGAAACCACAGGAGAAGAAGAUGAGGAGGAGCCCGAGAUGCCUGUGGGCCCCCGCCCGCGCCCCCUCUCUGAGCUGCACCUGAAGGAGAAGGCGGUGCCCAUGCCGGAAGCCAGCGCCUUCUUCAUCUUCAGCCCCAGCAACAGGUUCCGCCUCCAGUGCCAUCGUAUCGUCAAUGACUCCAUCUUCACCAACCUGAUCCUCUUCUUCAUCCUGCUCAGCAGCAUCUCCCUGGCCGCCGAGGACCCCGUGCAGCACACCUCCUUCAGGAACCACAUUCUAUUUUAUUUUGACAUUGUUUUCACUACCAUUUUCACCAUUGAGAUUGCCCUGAAGAUCCUAGGCAACGCAGACUAUGUCUUCACUAGUAUCUUUACCUUAGAAAUUAUCCUCAAGAUGACAGCCUACGGGGCCUUCCUGCACAAGGGCUCCUUCUGCCGCAACUACUUCAACAUCCUGGACCUGCUGGUGGUCAGCGUGUCCCUCAUCUCCUUCGGCAUCCAGUCCAGUGCCAUCAACGUGGUGAAGAUCCUGCGAGUCCUGAGGGUGCUUCGGCCACUGAGGGCCAUCAACAGGGCCAAGGGCCUGAAGCACGUCGUGCAGUGUGUGUUCGUGGCCAUCCGCACCAUCGGGAACAUUGUGAUCGUCACCACGCUGCUCCAGUUCAUGUUUGCCUGCAUUGGGGUCCAGCUCUUCAAGGGCAAGCUCUACACCUGUUCGGACAGUUCCAAACAGACAGAAGCUGAAUGCAAGGGGAACUACAUCACGUACAAGGAUGGGGAGGUGGACCACCCCAUCAUUCAGCCCCGCAGCUGGGAGAACAGCAAGUUCGACUUCGACAAUGUCCUGGCCGCCAUGAUGGCCCUGUUCACCGUCUCCACCUUCGAGGGAUGGCCAGAGUUGCUGUACCGGUCCAUCGACUCUCACACAGAGGACAAGGGUCCCAUAUACAACUACCGCGUGGAGAUCUCCGUCUUCUUCAUCAUCUACAUCAUCAUCAUUGCCUUCUUCAUGAUGAACAUCUUCGUGGGUUUCGUCAUUGUCACCUUCCAGGAGCAGGGGGAGCAAGAGUACAAGAACUGCGAGCUGGACAAGAACCAGCGGCAGUGUGUGGAGUACGCCCUCAAGGCCCGGCCCCUGCGGAGGUACAUCCCAAAAAACCAGCACCAGUACAAGGUGUGGUACGUGGUCAACUCCACCUACUUCGAGUACCUGAUGUUCGUCCUCAUUCUGCUCAACACCAUCUGCCUGGCCAUGCAGCACUACGGUCAGAGCUGUCUGUUCAAAAUCGCCAUGAACAUUCUCAACAUGCUCUUCACUGGCCUUUUCACGGUGGAGAUGGUCCUGAAGCUCAUCGCCUUCAAGCCCAAGGGCUACUUUAGUGACCCCUGGAAUGUCUUUGACUUCCUGAUCGUAAUUGGCAGCGUAAUUGACGUCAUUCUCAGUGAGACGAAUCACUAUUUCUGUGAUGCAUGGAACACAUUUGACGCCUUGAUUGUUGUGGGUAGCAUUGUUGAUAUAGCCAUCACCGAGGUAAACCCAGCUGAACAUACCCAAUGCUCUCCCUUUAUGAACGCGGAGGAGAACUCUCGCAUCUCCAUCACCUUCUUCCGCCUCUUCCGGGUCAUGCGUCUGGUCAAGCUGCUGAGCCGUGGGGAGGGCAUCCGGACACUGCUGUGGACCUUCAUCAAGUCCUUCCAGGCCCUACCCUAUGUGGCCCUCCUGAUCGUGAUGCUGUUUUUCAUCUACGCUGUGAUCGGGAUGCAGGUGUUUGGGAAAAUCGCCCUGAAUGACACGACAGAGAUCAACAGGAACAACAACUUCCAGACCUUCCCCCAGGCUGUGCUGCUCCUCUUCAGGUGCGCCACCGGGGAGGCCUGGCAGGACAUCAUGCUAGCCUGCAUGCCCGGCAAGAAGUGCGCCCCCGAGUCAGAGCCGGGCAACAGCACGGAGGGGGAGACGCCCUGUGGCAGCAGUUUUGCCGUGUUCUACUUCAUCAGCUUCUACAUGCUCUGCGCCUUCCUGAUCAUCAACCUCUUCGUAGCCGUCAUCAUGGACAACUUUGACUACCUGACGAGGGACUGGUCCAUCCUGGGUCCCCACCACCUGGACGAAUUUAAGAGAAUCUGGGCAGAGUACGACCCCGAAGCCAAGGGACGCAUCAAACACCUGGAUGUGGUGACCCUGCUCCGACGGAUUCAGCCCCCCCUGGGUUUUGGGAAGCUGUGCCCUCACCGCGUGGCUUGCAAACGCCUAGUCUCCAUGAACAUGCCCCUGAACAGCGACGGGACCGUCAUGUUCAAUGCCACGCUGUUUGCCCUGGUCCGGACGGCCCUGAGGAUCAAGACGGAAGGGAACCUGGAACAGGCCAAUGAGGAGCUGCGGGCCAUCAUCAAGAAGAUCUGGAAACGGACCAGCAUGAAGCUGCUGGACCAAGUGGUGCCCCCCGCAGGAGAUGACGAGGUCACGGUGGGCAAGUUUUACGCUACUUUCCUGAUCCAAGAGUAUUUCCGGAAGUUCAAGAAGCGCAAAGAGCAAGGCCUGGUGGGCAAGCCCUCCCAGAGGAACGCCCUGUCCCUGCAGGCUGGCCUGCGCACCCUGCACGACCUGGGGCCCGAGAUCCGCCGGGCCAUCUCUGGGGACCUGACCGCCGAAGAGGAGCUGGACAAGGCCAUGAAGGAGGCGGUGUCUGCGGCCUCAGAAGAUGACAUCUUCAGGAGGGCCGGCGGCCUGUUCGGCAACCAUGUGGGCUACUACCCCAGCGACGGCCGGGGCGCCUUCCCCCAGACCUUCACCACCCAGCGGCCCCUGCACAUCAGCAAGGCGGGCAACAGCCAGGGGGACACUGAGUCCCCCUCCCACGAGAAGCUGGUGGAUUCCACCUUCACCCCCAGCAGCUACUCGUCCGCGGGCUCCAACGCCAACAUCAACAACGCCAACAACACCGCCCUGGGCCGCCGCCCCCGCCCCGCUGUCCACUCGGGUGCUGUCGGCACCUUGGAGGCCCGCGGGCCCCCCUUGUCCCCUGCCAUCCGGGUGCAGGAGGCCGCGUGGAGGCACAGCUCCCAGAGGUGCCCCUCCCGGGACAGCCCGAUAGCCAUGCUGUGUCAGGAAGAGGCCCCUGGAGACGAGACCUGUGCCGUGCACCUGGAUGAGGACGCAGAGCACAGCCGCGAGCCCAGCCUGGUCUCCACGGAGAUGCUCUCCUACCAGGACGACGAGAAUCGGCAGCUGACUCCCCCCGAAGAGGACAGGAGGGACGUCCGUCUGUCCCCAAAGAGGGGCUUCCUGCGCUCCGCCUCCCUAGGUCGAAGGGCCUCCUUCCACCUUGAAUGUCUGAAGCGACAGAAGAAUCCCGGGGGAGACGUCUCUCAGAAGACAGUCCUGCCUUUGCACCUGGUUCACCAUCAGGCGCUGGCAGUGGCAGGCCUGAGCCCCCUCCUGCAGAGAAGCCAUCCCCCCGGGACCCUCCCCCCACCACGCCUCACGCCCCCUGCCACACCCGGCCUGGCCUGGCCUCCACGGCCCGUGCCUACCCUGCGGCUGGAGGGGGCCGAGUCCAGCGACAAGCUCACCAGCAGCUUCCCAUCCAUCCACUGCGACCCCCACGUCGGGGAGCCCACACCCUGCGGGGUCAGCGGCACCCCCCGGAGAGCCCGGCCCGUGUCACUCACUGUGCCCAGCCCGGCAGGGCCCCAGGGCCGGCCGUUCCACGGCAGUGCCAGCAGCCUGGUGGAGGCGGUCUUGAUCUCGGAAGGACUGGGGCAGUUUGCUCAGGACCCCAGGUUCCUCGAGGCCACCACGCAGGAGCUGGCCGACGCCUGCGACAUGACCAUCGAGGAGAUGGAGAGCGCGGCCGACGACAUCCUCAGCGGGGGUGCCGGGCAGAGCCCCAACGGCACACUGCUCCCUUGUGCAAACUGCAGGGACCCGGGGCCGGACCGAGCAGGGGGCGUGGAGGACGCAGCCUGGGCGCCCAGCGCCGAGCCCCGCCAGGGCACAGAGGAGCCCCGGGACAGCAGGGCCUUCGCCAGCGGCCUGUAG